AUGCCACCCAUGAUCAGAGACAAAACAUCGUUCGACGCGAUCGUCGACCCUACCUCUUCUCAGAACACCCUUUCACUCAAGCGAAUCUGGAGGAAAGCCAUGCCACGCGCAAAUCCUUCGGCGAAGCGGUCGCCUGAUGGGAUUUCCAAAAAGCGAAAGCUUGCAUUUCAACACAGCGAGCGCGACCAAGCUCUAUCGGAUGCGGCUGAUCUAGAGCAAAAGGAGAAAUGGGAUCCAGAUUCAUCUCUACACCAAGACGAGCAAGAACGGAACCUUAUCAAAGCCUGGAUCCACCUCGGUGAGCGUGGCCGUUCGGUAGGAUCUAGCUAUCCCAUUUCGUGGUUACGUCGAAGUCCAAUCACUGACGCGCGUCUUAAUCAGCUUUACCACGAGCGAUGCGACGAUAUAGCUCUUCCUCGACACAUCCCUUCAACUCUGUCGGUCUUCGAGAAGCGCCGCAAAGUGACAGAUUCAGGCGAGUGGAAUCGUGCUGCUGGUGCUAUAUGGAUCCGUACAUGGUAUGGCAAUGAAGCAUAUCUGGGGGACGGAUCAGGCGAAGACAUUGUCACUCGUGCAAGUGCCGACGAGGCAUAUCUUCGACUGUGGCGGAAAGCUCUGCAUCCUUAUCCGUACCAUUACCGAUUCGAUGCGGAUAUGUUUGGGCCUUUCAUCUUCGACGACAACAAUACCGCGUAUGGAGUGGCGGCACGAGACGCAGACGAUGAAGUGGAGCUGAUGGAUGAUAUACCCUCUUUCAUCUUAAGCGCCCUAAUGCGAUGCCCUGACGCAAUGGAAGGAAGUAGUGAGCAAAAGAUGAUGGAAGAGGACGAUCACACAGAAUUGGCACAAAGCUUACUUGUCGUGGUUGCAGACCGCGAGGCAUGCGAAGAGGGAUGGGUACUGCUGAUUGCCCUGAACCAUAGAGGGCAGGCGUUGCACUUGCGUGUACGGUGCAAGGCUUACCUGGUUUGGGAGCAGGUCAAUCAUUUCAGAGAUGGAGGCGAGCCGUUGGAUAUUACGGAGAGCAAAGAGAAUCUCAUGGACUACCUGGAUGGCAAUCGAUCAGGUGAUGGAUGGGAUGAGGAUGAACCCCAGAAUUAG